CUUGGCACCUGACAUGCGCAGAUCAGUAGGAAGAAAGGCAGCAGCGAUAACCAGCGGCUUAAAACUGUAAACAUUAGCAACCCGGCCGACUUGUCUCUCCGGCUGGGAUGGAAAUAUAAGGUUACCUUGAAGGUGUGGGACCAAACAUUGUUCUUCAGUGCAUGGACUCAAAGCCAAUGCGCAGGACCACCAGCGCACGUCAAGACGCCACUGGAAUGGACAUCACCAGCCGCUGUACUCUGGGGGACCCCAACAAGCUCCCUGAAGGGGUCCCCCAGCCUGCACGCAUGCCCUACGUCUCAGACAAACACCCACGGCAGACCCUGGAGGUGAUCAACCUCCUACGAAAACACCGGGAGCUCUGUGACGUGGUGCUAGUGGUGGGCGCCAAGAAGAUUUAUGCUCAUCGCGUGAUCCUGUCUGCCUGUAGCCCCUAUUUCAGGGCGAUGUUUACUGGAGAGCUGGCAGAGAGCAGACAGACUGAAGUGGUCAUUCGCGACAUCGAUGAAAGGGCCAUGGAGCUGCUCAUUGACUUCGCCUACACCUCACAGGUGACUGUGGAGGAAGGGAACGUGCAGACCCUUCUACCUGCAGCUUGUCUUCUCCAGCUGGCUGAGAUCCAGGAGGCCUGCUGCGAGUUCCUCAAGAGGCAGCUGGAUCCGUCCAACUGUCUGGGCAUCAGGGCCUUCGCCGACACACACUCCUGCCGCGAGCUGCUCCGCAUCGCAGACAAGUUCACCCAACACAAUUUCCAAGAGGUAAUGGAAAGUGAGGAGUUCAUGCUGCUGCCUGCCAACCAGCUGAUUGACAUCAUCUCCAGCGAUGAGCUGAAUGUGCGGAGCGAGGAGCAGGUUUUCAACGCUGUGAUGGCCUGGGUGAAAUAUAGCAUCCAAGAACGCAGACCUCAGCUACCACAGGUUUUGCAACAUGUCCGCCUGCCGCUGCUCAGCCCCAAGUUCUUAGUCGGUACUGUGGGUUCAGAUCCUCUCAUCAAGAGUGACGAGGAGUGCAGAGACCUGGUUGAUGAGGCUAAGAAUUACCUGCUGCUGCCCCAGGAGAGGCCGCUGAUGCAGGGACCCAGAACCCGACCGAGGAAGCCUAUUCGAUGUGGAGAGGUUCUUUUUGCAGUCGGUGGUUGGUGCAGCGGAGAUGCUAUUUCCAGCGUGGAGCGCUACGAUCCACAGACCAACGAGUGGAGGAUGGUUGCGUCGAUGAGUAAGCGGCGAUGUGGAGUCGGUGUCAGCGUCCUGGAUGACUUGCUGUACGCAGUGGGAGGUCACGACGGCUCGUCAUAUCUCAACUCUGUGGAGAGAUAUGAUCCCAAGACCAACCAGUGGAGCAGUGACGUGGCCCCGACUAGCACAUGUCGUACCAGUGUGGGUGUCGCUGUGCUUGGUGGAUAUCUGUAUGCUGUGGGAGGACAGGAUGGGGUUUCCUGCCUCAACAUUGUAGAGAGGUAUGAUCCUAAGGAGAACAAAUGGACUCGUGUGGCCUCCAUGAGCACCAGGCGACUCGGUGUAGCUGUGGCCGUGCUGGGAGGAUUCCUGUACGCUGUCGGAGGGUCUGAUGGGACGUCACCAUUAAACACAGUGGAACGCUACAAUCCUCAAGAAAACCGCUGGCACACUGUGUCGCCUAUGGGAACCAGGAGAAAGCACCUGGGCUGUGCGGUCUACCAGGACAUGAUUUACUCUGUCGGAGGGAGAGACGACACCACGGAGCUGAGCAGCGCCGAGCGAUACAACCCCAGGACCAACCAGUGGUCUCCUGUGGUGGCCAUGACGUCCAGACGGAGCGGGGUGGGCUUGGCAGUGGUUAAUGGUCAGCUGAUGGCAGUAGGAGGCUUCGAUGGGACGACGUAUCUCAAAACUAUAGAAGUCUACGACCCUGACGCCAACACAUGGAGGUUGUACGGAGGAAUGAACUACCGGCGGCUCGGUGGAGGGGUGGGCGUCAUCAAAAUGACUCACUGUGAAUCCCACAUAUGGUAACGCCGCCCUCCCCCGCCUCCCUCCGCUCACACGCCUUCACUUCUCAUCACGUCGCCGUGGAUGCUUCUUUUUGCCGACUCUCGUGCCUGCAGUAGAGACGCUGUGAGAGAACCGGUGAGGAGGGCGGAGUCGGGGUUCGGGAGGCGAGACGGAAAAGAGGGACAAACUUUUGAACUCUACUUCAUCUCCAACCCCCCCCCCCCCCUCCCCCCCCCCCCUCACUGCAAGGUCAUUAACUUUAAAAACACCCUGGCUGUGAUGGCGGUCACCAUGAAGUGCACUGAGAGCAGAAGUCUACCAAGUCUACCAUUAACGCUUCCACUUUGGAGAGGACCGUCCUCCUGCUGUGACCUCUACCGCGUUUUCACCCUCCAAACAUGGCGGUCUGGACUUAGACCUCCAUGUGCGACGGGAGCUCACUUUGACCGAAGCUGCUGCUGGGGGGGAAAUUUAAAAGCAUCGGGUCACUGAAGGAGGCCUGGGAAAGCCUUAAUUUGGCUUCAACCCCCAAAUUCUGGCCACUGACCUCCAGUGACUUUGAAGGAAGCAGCCAGCAGACCAGCAAACCUUCUCUUCAUUGUGUGGGACUGAUUAUUUCCUGGAGACGUUGCAUACUGACUGUCAGAGGUAAAUCCACACUCUCUCAUUCUGUUUGCUUUUAGCUUUGAAUCAUUCUGUACAUCUCAAGUAGCAUUAAACAGUAAAUAAAGCUGACUAUCCAGAGGGGAAAACACUGAGGUGUCUCAUUAAAAAUGGCCUCCAGAGAAGUGCAGGAGAAGGAUGUGUUACUGGGCACUGAGUGGGACUGUAGCCGUUUGUUGCUCAGAGAGUUUAAACAUCGAGACAGUGUAAUUAUAGGAAUUAACUUCAUCCUGCAGAGGGGGGUUGACUGAAAAAGUUUUUCAGAGCUGACUGCGAUUAGCAGUAAUCAAGGAGACGGAUAACGAAUGUUUGGAACGAUAUUUGGAGCAAAAAUUAAAAUCUUCGUGUCAAAAUGGCAGACUUAGACAGAAAACUUAGUAAAAAUGCUUCAUCUAUGUUUUGUGUACUGUAUGUUUAAGUAAGCUAAAUUUUUCUACAUUUAUCCUUCACCAUUAGAGCAACAGCAGCUGCAUCAGAGCCAAAGUAAUGCAAUUUAAAAUGUAUUUAUUGACUAUGAAUCUGUUUAAAAAACUAAAAUGAUACCAGUAAUUGGAACAGUCAGUUGACCCCUAAUUCUAAUCAGAAGUGUCACUGUUUUUUUUUUGUUGUUGUUUUUUUUUAACUGGCUUCAGGUCUAAAUGUGCUUCAAACAACAAUAAUCUGUGAAUGUCAACAGUCAUAAUGCAUUUAAGAGUAACCUGGCCAGCUUUAACUGGCAAAUAACACGUUUCUAAGAGCUUCAAAGGUUAAUUCUUGCAGUUUUCUGUUUUUGUUAUUGUGAACAGUUCUAACAAAAAAGACCAAAACCGACAAAUGUUACUCGAAAAUGAGAAAGUGGUGCGUUUGGUGUUUUGUUUGACUGUUUUCAGCAGCACAUUAGCACACAUUUGGGCCUCUGGUGAGUAAUUCAGGGCAGCAUGAAAGUGGACGUGGCUCUGAGUCAGAAUGAAAAGAGGAACGCAGUGUAACGGCACGGGUCACUGAUGUGUUUUUAGACAAUAAUGGGACGGAGAAACAAGAGAUUUCAGGAUUUGAAUAAACACUCAAAUCAAUUUAAUGUUUGUUUUGGUCUUUUCUGUGGAAUUUGUUGGCAUCAGAGUUCCCCUUUCAAGCUAAUUUUCCUCAUUUCAAAGUAGUCGCAUCACAAACUCGCUGGUUUAAAACUAAAUUCCAUUAAAAGUGGGGAAAUUGUCAGUCGUAAUAUUACUUCCUAACACUGAAACCAGCAAUCUGGUGUGGACACGGCUGAUUUUUAGUGUCUGUCUCACUGUAAUAAAGGUAGAAGUGCCUGAAGAGAAGUGCUGAAGUUCGGCGUAAAAUUAAAAACAUCCCGCACUUACUCUGGUGCCAUUUUUCAGCCUUCUGUUGGAUCCUCUGGGUGGCAGAUUUACCACGAUGUAGGCGACACCACAGCUCACGUACGGACCGCAUUCUGUACCCAAAACCGCUACUUUUUUACAGCACUGAUCACAAAAAUCCGACAUGUCACUGAACUGGAUUCCUGUUGGUUUAAAAUCUGUGCUGAAAAUUGUCAGUUUCUUAUUACAGAUGUAGUUAAAAAGGAUGGAUCACAUGAAUAUAACUCAGUGCAUUAAUGAAGUAACGGUUAGUAGUCAGUAUUUGUUGACACAGCUCCAUUCUGCUCUGCUUUCUCCUUGUGUUGGCUCAGUGUAACGGCGUGUUUAAGGCGAAUGAACGGUCCCUGGUUGUACAGCUGAUCUCAAUGUGAAACACAGUUUGAGUAGACGUUAGGAUGAAUCUUCUCAGAAUUUCUUGCACUGUGAUUGGAAAUGUAUUUUAGAUUUUUUUCCUUUUUUUUUGUUGUUUUUGUUUCUUAAUUAUAUUUUAUAUGGGUGUUUCCAGAUAUACUGGGGGGGAUCAAAACAUUUCAGACGUGGAUUUCACAGCAACACUACAUGUUCACACUCGCUUUUACACACAGUUGAUCACAGCCCUGCACUUUAAACUGUGUGCGCGACAAACGAGAAGGCACAGGGGGAGAUGUUCUGCUUUAGUUUAGCCACGCGUUGGAGAGCGAGCAGCCUGAAUGUCGGCGUUGAUGUUCAAUAAUGUGGCUAACUUUCAGAUUCGGUUGGGUUUAGUCUCCUGUGCUAGUCGGGGGGAGGGAGGGAGGGAGGGGAGGUUACUGAUGGUGUAUUACGGUAUGCAGAUCGUCACGUUUAAAGAUGAAUGUUUGUGCUUUGGGAUGCUGACUUGACCUGAUGAAUCUGAACAUUUCAUGCAACUUUUAAAGGAAAUCGUCCAAAAAAAAGGCCCUGCAGCUUAUGUUACAAACUGUACCGGUUCUGUCUCAGUUAAUGAACAAAAACGGUUUGCCUGCUUUUGUUUUUAAAAAAGUCUCUUAAGCAUAUGUUUUCUUUUUUUUUUAAUUUCACUGCCACAGAAGGAAACCCCACUCAGUGGAAGAGCCCAUGUAUGUUGUUACUUUGGUCUUUAGGCCGCCUGAUUACAGUCUAGGACAGGAGUGUCAAACUCAUUUUAGUUCAGGUUCCACAUUCAGCCCAAUUUGAUCUGAAGUGACCAGUAAAAUGACAGCAUCAUAACCUAUAAAAAAGCACAACUCCAAAUGUUUGUUUUAGUGCAAAAAAAGUACAUUUUGAAAAUGUUCGUAUUAAGGAAUUAUCUUUUACAAAACAUUAUGAAGAACCUGAAAUUUCUGAAGAAAUAUAAGUUCAAUUUCAGCAAACAUUCAGCCUCAGUUCAUCAUUUACACGUUAAAACCUACAGAUCACAGAGUGUCCACAAAGGAACACAACGUUUAGUUACAGCUAUCUGGAACUGAACGAUGUAAUAUUUCACUUCAUGAUCAAAACAACACAAGUCAGACAAAAACAGACACAAAACAACAAAAAAUGAACAAAAUACUGUAUAAAUUAGAUUCAAAACGGAGACAAAAGAUUACACAUUACAGUGACAACAAAUGGACAAACGAAUAAACGACAAAAAAAUUACAUAAAUGACACGAGCAAAAAUAACAAAGCGAGAAACAAAAUGACAAAAAAUAAGACAAAAAACAGAAGUGAGAGAAAAAGGAAACACAAAGCGACAAGACAGUGGACAGAAGUCAGGCAAAAAACAACAAAAACAUGACAAAAUAUUACAAAAAUGAGACACAAAAUGACAAAAGAACAAUAAGCAAUCUAGUAUUUUACUUUUUAAAUUAUUUUAAAUUUAUAGUUUUACAAAUUUACAAGUUGCAGUUAAUGUCUUCUCUGUAAUUUUUACACUUUGAGGGCCGGAUUGGACCCUCUGGGGGGUCAGUUUUGGCCCACGGGCCGCAUGUUUGACACCCCUAGUCUAGGAUGUUGAUCUCAGGCUUGUAGUCCACCUUCUUUCCAGCUGUAGUCGCACAGUUUUCAUGUUAUGCAAUAAGUUUUAAAGACUUUUUUUAAAUUAAGUCUUUAUUCCCUUCCUUAUUGAUGAUGUAAAGGCUUUAAACGUAUGGGAGGCGAUCAAAAUUAUUAUUUGAACUGUUUGAAAUUAUUCAAAAGUAGACAUAAACAUAAAGGAAUUUCAUUCUUUAACAGGAUUGUUUUCAUUGCAAAUCUGUUGAAUGUCUCCUCGAUCAGUCGGUUAGUUGUUUGGUCUGUAGUUGGUCAGAAAAAGCUGAAAAAUGUGAUCAGUGGUUCCCAAAUCAUCCCAAAUGUUGUCAACAACACUACAUAUUCAGUUUAUUGUCACAGAGGAGGACAGAAACCAGAAAUUGUUCAAAUUUAAGAAGCUGCAAUCAGAAAUUUGACUUUUGUCAUUUAAAAUAUUCUACCAUUGGUUUACUGUCCCGGAGGAAUAAAGAAACCAGCAAAUAUUCAAAUUUAAGAAGCUGGAAUCCAAUAAUUUUGACUUUAUUUUGUCUUUAAAGGUUACUCCAACAAUUUAAUCGAUGUGUUGGAUUAACUGAUUAAUCACUGCAUCUCUGUUCCUCUCAUUUUCUGACAGCUGACGUAGCAUUAGCCAUACUGUUACAGACCAAAGCGGUAGAACUACAUUUGCCUUCCAAACUGAGUGGAGUUUCUCUUUAAUCAUGCAAGUUACUAAUGAUGCAUUGUGAUUGUAAGCCAGCCUUCAGUCAGCAGCCUCCCUUCAGAUGUCUGGUUCUGAGUAGCAGCCUGUCUGUUCAAACAUGGCUGUACUCGCAGGUGUUUGUUUUCAUGUAUCAGAGCAUCUCUCAGCUGCUCUGGACUCACCAUGUUACACUAUGACAAGGAUUAAAGUUUUUCCCUGGGAAACAAAACA